AAAUCCCCAACUUCAGGUGGAGGAGUAAGGUUUAAGGGCAUAGAGUGAGGAGGGAAGGGAUUCUCUGAACUGCGCUUCGAAAUAUACAUUGCUUCGAAACGCCAUUAUCGGUAUUUUCUAUGCUCGUUUUCUCUCUCAGCGCUAUGCUCUUUGAGUGUUGAAGCUCGAAGAUAAUGGAGGGCGUGAGGCUUCGUCUCGUGUUCGACGACCGUCAACUACUAAGCAAGUCACAGAAGAAUGAGGGACUGAAGCGAAGCUGGAUUCUUCUCCAGCCACACCACCACACUAUCUCCGACCUUUCUGAUUAUCUCCUCCAUGUUUUCGACCUUGAUGAAGCUUGUCCAGAUGGCCUCGUCCUUUCGAUUGAAGGCUUUGCGUUACCACCGUUUGAGUCUACUUGUAUUUUGAAGGAAGAAGAUGUUAUCAGCAUAAAAAAGAAACGGGGUCUGUCUACUGAUAUCAAAAGAGUUCGUGAUGGAGAGAAGUCUCUUGUGGUAGAAGAAGUAGUGGUGAAGCAACCCUUGCAUGCCGGGGGCAUGAAGCUUUUAGCUAAUGAGGAGUUUGAAAGGGAGAGUGGAGGUUACCGAAGUGAAGCUGAAGAAGAUGAACCUGACAUGUUGGAAGAUGAAUUACAUGUAGAUGAUACCCCAAAGAAGAAAACAGUUUCCAAGAAAAGGAAAGCUUCAAAGAAAUUUCAGAGAUCAAAUGACAGGAGGAAGAGAAAUAAACUUGCGAAUGUAGAAGAUGUUCAGAGUGAUGUGCAGCCUGAGGAGAAUGAAAGUUCUCAGCAACCUAGUCUUCCGGGGAAGAGUACUGUCAAGAAAGGCAAAUCAUCUGAAAUAGACAGUGAAUCUGAUGAUUCAAGUACCCGAAAAAUCGAUGAAAAGGCUGAUAGCAUCAUCUUAUGUACUCCAAGUAAACCAAGUUCCGGUCAGGCUCAGCUACAGGAGAAUGGCAAGCAAAAUGUGGCUUCCUCUCAUACAUUGAAUGGAGUUGAAAAGUUACCUAGUAGAAGUACUCGGCGUAAAAGGGCCAAAAGACAACGGUUGAGAGAACAAGCGAAGGCCAGAGAAAAUGAGGCACAAGUACUUAAAGCAGAUAAUCAGAAACCAUCAAGUUUGCAGUUACAUCAAGCACAAGUUCUCCAAACAGAUAACCAGCAGUCAUCUCGCAAAGAUAAUGGCAAAAGUUCCAAAGAAUAUCCACAAGAGAAACGUAAUGAUGAAGAGGAUAACAUAAUCCCCAUUGUGGUGAGGCCAGGACACAUUCGCUUUGAGCCAUUUGGAAAAGAGGAUGCAGAUCAAGCUAUUCCACAGCUCAAAAUUACAGAGGUAAAUUUUCAGUGGAAUGGGAUCACAAGUAAGAGGAAGGGUCAACAGUGGGGUAAAGAGAAGACAAUGUUUCAUAAAAGGAGUGAUCAGAAAAAACAGAACCCGGAGAGUUCUGAUAUGCUGGUUAAUGAAGAAGAAGAAAAGAAAGAAGAAAAAAAAGAAGAUGAUCAAGAGAAAACUACUGUAGAUGUUCCUGUAGACUUUGAUAAGCUUAAACCAUGUAGCACUUUGCCCCAGAUAGGUGAUACAGUGGCAUAUCGUUUGGUUGAGUUAUCAGCAUCCUGGACUCCUGAACUCUCAUCUUUCCGAGUUGGAAAAGUAUCAAACUGUGAUUCUAAAUCUGAUAAGAUUACUCUAAAACAAGUUCCCGAGUAUCCAAUUGUUUUUGAGGAGAGGGAUGAGGAAUCUGAGCAACCAAAUGUGUCUCUCUACGCUGAAGAUGGCUCUCUUGAGAUAGAUUAUUGUUCUCUUGCUGAUGUUCGAAUCAUCAAGUAUGGUGAUGCCAACUUGAACGCAACUAAAGCUAAAUCAGUCCCAAAUGGGGUCUGCCAAGCUUCAAGUUCUAGGCCCAUCUCUAAGGAGAAAGCCAAGUCCCCAGUACAAGAAAACGGGAAAGUGGAUGUGUGGGAUGAAAUCUGCGAGACCCUGAAUGCAAAGAAAGCACAGCUGUCCCAGGAGAACAACUGGAAUAAGAAAAAGGAUUCAGCAGGGAGCUCAUCCAAGAGUUCAUCAUGGUCUUUUAGGUCCUUGAGAGGUAGUGCACUGGGCCCAACAAUGGCUCGUUUAAGAGCACAAAACGAGCUAUGAGGAAGGUACUACGAAUGAUUCAUCAACUUGCCUUCUACUGGUUGGUGUACCCAUAAGAAUUAUACUAAGUUUUAUUAAAACAUUGACCUUUGUAAGCAACGAAAGGCCAAGUUUUUGUUUGUAUAUUUGGGUUGGCUGCUCAUUUUUGUUUUAUUGCUGAAUUGGUUCAAUGUUUGAAACUUGGAAUUCUUCCUGGCGUUGAUUGAAACUCUUAGCUAAGUUCUAGUUUUGAAUAGUAUAGAUGGUGAAUGAUGUAUCAAAAAGAAUGUAAGAACAUGUCAAACAAAUGGAGCCAUCGAAUUCCUUAAAAA